GGUAUCAUCCAAGCCUACAAAAGUGGCAUAACCCUCCAGGGAAACACCACUAGCCUGGGCAGGUGGGACUUCAGCGGGUCUUUCUUCUUCUCCAUCUCUGCAAUAACAACCAUUGGCUAUGGGAACCUAAGCCCCAGCACGGUAGCCGGUCGAAUCUUCUGCAUCUUGUUUGCACUCUUUGGGAUCCCCUUGAACCUUGUACUCCUGAAUGAAAUCGGGCAGCUGAUGCUGUUAGGGGUUCAACAUUGUGCCCAUCACUUAGAGGAGAUGUUUCACUGGCAGAAAAAAACUUCCCUCCUGAUUAAGACCUGUGCGCUGGUAACUGGCUUGUUACUGUUCCUCCUGCUACCUCCCUUCUUAUUCUCUGACAAAGAAGGCUGGUCUUAUGAAGAAGGCUUCUACUAUUCCUUCAUUACCCUCAGCACUAUAGGCUUUGGAGAUUAUGUGAUUGGGAUGAACCCAGACCGCACUUAUCCAGGCUGGUACAAGAAUGUAAUCUCCCUGUGGAUCCUCUUCGGGAUGGCCUGGCUAGCACUGGUUAUCAAAUUUUGCAUCAACUUUCUAGAGAGUUCCAGUGACUUCUGUCAGUGCAACAAGAAGAGCACAGACAUGGCAGAAGUAAUGGAUGGUAACAAAAAUAAUGUGACUGGAAUUCACGAUCUGGAGAUCCGCAAUGACAAGGACACAAAACCAAAAGGACUGGAUGAAUCCCACACCUGCACAGCUCCUGCUGAAGCACUAUAG